GUUCUUUCAUUUGAAAUAUCGCUUGUGUGUAGUGUUCUUCUUCAUUAACCAACUUACAAACGUGGAAUAAACAAACAGUGAAACUAAACAUUGAAAAUGCCUCGAAAAAGGAAAUCUAAAUCUAAAUCACGCGGGUCGACGCGCAGUUUAUCAAGAGCGUCGACAACGUCGAAGGUGCGCGAGUCCUCCGUGUUGACGGACGGCUCCCUGGCCAUCCUAGCGCGCGAGAUCGCCACCGACAAGAUGAACGGUCUGGUGAUGUGCAUGCUACUCAACAUCCCCACCACCGUCAUUGUGAACGCCGCCAACGGCGCCAGCGACAACGGCCUUAUUGACGCCACAGAUACCUGCAAGAUCGAGACCACACAGAAACUCCUCAUUGACUGGAAGUUGUCACGAGCCGCCUCAAAAGAGAAGGAUAAGGUGCGCGAUUUGGAGCGCGCGCUCCGCGAGAUGGGGAAGGCGGAGUUUGCUGACGUCAUUAAUGACAAGCAUGCAAACAACGUAGAGUUGAGUGGGGAAGCGUUCGCUAACUUGUAACGUAGGCAAUAUGAACUUGCUCCGUGUUGUUCGAGUGCAUUAUUUAAUACAUCUCGUUGUUGCCAAAUAUUGUGGAUUUAGGAUUUAAAAUUAAAGACAGUUCUUGGAAAUGUCAUGUUUAUUGGUUCUGUCGGUAAUUUUGACAGUUUUGAUAUAAACAAUUUUUUUGUAUAACAACGUACAAGAAUCACAUUUUACUGUCAUGUUAUGUAUACAUAAAACAA